UACCAAAAUUAAAUCAAAGACAUUUAACGGAGAUAGAUACUGGAAAUUAUUCAACAGGAUCAUUAGGUGGAGGAGUUGGGGCACCUCGUUUUAAUUCUACCAGAAAUGCUUAUGAUGAUGCUGCUUCAAUAAUAAAUUCAUCACUUUCUAAUCAUGAUCAACGGCAACAACAAAUCCAUAUUAUACAGACUUCAACUCCGUUAGUGGAUAGGGAGACAUAUAAUUUAGGUCAUACAGGAGAUCAAAAUUAUCAUCGUCAAGAUGAUCAAAAGAAGCAACCCGUAAUUGAUAGAGAAGCUAACAACGAUAAAUUUAUUGCCAAACCCGAGUACACUUUACAAAUAAAGUCUGUUAAUUCUUUAGAAUUUCCACUCACAGUUAAUUGUAAAGCUGAUGAUGUUAAUAAUCCUGUUAUAAUGGAUUUUGUUGCCGCUUGUACGCCUGAUUCUGAAACAAAUGCUCCUCCUUUGAGACUUGGAGUUGACGUUGAAUUAUUUAUCUGGGGCAAAGAUUGGAUUUACAAACCAAAAAUUUCUGUUCCUAUACCUGUUUAUAAUGUUAAAAAAGUGUUGGAUUAG